AUGGACAAGGUCCUCGUUUCGGGGUUGAAGGAGCUGCGGAAUCGGAUGAUCACAUUCAUCAAGGAACACGUCGCUCGCAAACGGUCGGGCCAUGUCGGAGUUGCUACCGACGCCUGUGACGACGCCGCCGCGGAGCCCCCUUCGGCAUCCCAAGCAGUCGGUGUCGCCGACACCAGCGGAGAGGCCGGAGGCGGCAUCGACAAGGCAGAUGAGGAGGCAAGAAGGGCGGUGGCGCGGACCGCGGAUCAGGAAGAGGAGGAGGAGGAGGAUGACACCGAUGAUCAGGAUGAUAACGAGGAGGAGCGCGAGGAGCGUGAGCAGGGGCAGGAGGAGGAGGAGGAGGAGGAGGAGGAGGAGGAGGAGGAGGAGGAGGAGGAGGAGGAGGAGGAGGAGGAGGAGGUGGUGGUGGAGGAGUCGGGGGAGAAGCAGCAAGUGGGGGAGGAGGAGGUAGAGUUCCCCUGGGUCGAGUUCGAGGAGGAGGACGUGGAGGCCAUGGCGGCGGCGGCCGUGGAGGGAACGGGUGGGAGGUCGGCGGAUGGUGUGUACGAGGGAGGGGAGGGUGCCGACGUGGAGAAAGUCGGCGUGGAGGAGGCUCACGUGGGGAGUGAGGGGGUUGUGGUCGGCAAUGUGGUUGGCGACGCGAAGGAGGAUAACGCCGCGGCCCCGAUGCAGACGGGCGUGGCAGGGCCUAUCGAGCCCACCGCAGGGAACGCCGGGGUGGAACGCCGGGGUGGAGCGGUAGAGGCGGGCCGUCAACCCGGUUCCUCAGCAGCUGGUCGGCGGGCACCGCCGGCCGUCGUCGUGCAGCUGCGACAGGAGAACAUGUGGUUGAGGGCUGAAAAUGCUCGCCUGGAGACGGCGCUCGGAGUGGAGAGGGGUCGGGUGGACAGGUUUGCGUUGGGGAUAGGCGGCCUCGUGGACAAGCUGAGGUCGUUGGCCGACCAGGUCGCCGCCUCCGACGCGGACACGUCGAGUCGGCUGAUGGAUGCGUCCUUGACCAUGGCGACGACCGUCACGGAGAGAAUCACCGCCGACAUGGGUGAAGCAUGGGAUUCGAUGAAGGCGUACGCCGAAAGGGCGGAGAGCUGGUUGGACGAUCUCGAGAAUCCGGAGGGGUUUAUGGCAGCGCAACGUGCGACGGCGGUCGUCACCAUGGGCAAACACGUGGAAGCGGUGGUGGGCGAUGCGAGGAAGGGGUUGGAGGACUACAUAUCGAAGCACCUAGUCGCCGCGCAGACCAACAUCGCCGCCGCGGUAACUCAACGCGUCGCCGUGCCGCCGCCCACGCCGCCCGCCCCACCGCCAGCCUUCCCGGACGAGCUCAUGAAGGCUUUCAAGGCGGAAGUGUUGAAGGCGGUGACAGAGGCCACCCAGCAUUCGUUUCUUGCGUCCGGGUUAAAGCUCAUGACCGAGGUGAUCGGCAAUAUGGCGCCUGGUCGGCGUGGGUCGUCGCCGUCGGCCAACGAGGCCGACAAGCAGGGCCAGAAAAGGGGGGGCGGCGGAGAUGAUGCGUUGAGCGUGAAGCGGAGCAAAGGAGCCGAUGGGAGCCGCGGCGUCGGCCAGGUGGGUCCAGGCGACUCGCGGAGCAAGGGAGCCGAUGGGAGCGGAGGUACGAGCGUGGUCGACCAGCUCAAGAAGAACGGGGCCAAGGUGAUAAGGACGCACACCAAGGGCGAUGGAAUCAGGACUGCGGAGGGGGGCCCUGCCGACCAGGUUGCCGCUCAAGAGGCUGGACCAACAGCCCCGCCGUCGGUCGCCGAGAAGCCCCACAGUCUAGCAACCGCACCAACGGCGAUAGAUGGCGGCGCCAAAACCGUGAAGGGACCGUCUGUCGGGGUGGCGGGGACCACGUCGAUUCCCCGCAAACCCCCUGCGGCUAGCAGCGCGCCGGUCGCCCCGUCAGCCGCCAACAACGAUGGGCCGUCCCUUGCGGGUACUCCAGCACCAGCAGGCCCGUCUGCCGCCAAGGGCGACGAGGAGGAUGCUGCGGCUAACCGCGCUGGUCCGUCCGCCCCAAAGGAGAACGCGCUCAGGGAAAUGCUCCGCCGCAUGGAGGCCCAUUGCCAGGACGUGCAGCAGCCUCCCUUGGUCGGUGCCGCUCCGGCCAAAACAGCACGUCGCUCGGGCACUCCGCAGGUCGCCGCCACAACGUCCAGUGCCCCACCUACCGCGCCUAUCAUCGCCGCCCGUCCUCCUGUGGACCCAAAGUCCGCUUUGCUUCGCGCCCGGUUAGGCGCACGUACCGCGGCAGCGCCAGCACGGGCUCAGCCGGAAGCCAGCCGAAGCGCGACGCCGACGUCGGUAACCGUGGCUGCACCCACACUCGGUGCAGCUACUGUCGAGGCGGUGGCGGAGAAGGGCGUGAGUGCAGCGCUAGCCACCGGCGGCGGAUCCGUUGACCCUGCACAGGCGGCGAAAGGCCACAACGACGCCGACAUCGCUGCCAUCCAGGACCUGUUGGAAGCGGUAAAACGCCCCGAGCAGCCCCCUGUUCUGGCCAUCUCGGACUCGGCGCAUGUGGAGCACUCGGCGAGUCCCCCCGGAGAAGGAGGAGAGGAGGAGGAGGAGGAGGAGGAGGAGGAGGAGGAGGAGGAGGAGGAGGAGGAGGAGGAGGAGGAGGAGGAGGAGGAGGAGGAGGCGAAGGAGGAGGAGAAGGUGAAGCUGAAAGGACGGAAGGGUCAUGGCAUCCGCCACGACACCUCGGGCGACAAGCAAGGAUGGGUGGGCGAGAUUAAGGUCGCCGGGAACGAGAGUCGAUACAUCGGCAAGUCGCGCGACAAAAUGGAGCUGGCGUACCUUCACUCGAUUGUGUACCUCCUCUACGACGGUUACGUCAGCCCCAUCCUCAUGGCCGAGCUCACCCACUUGUCGGAAACCGAUAUGCAGCAGUGGAGGGCGGUGUGGGAGGAGGUCAGGUUCUUGCCGACUGGGAUGUGGACGGUGAUAUGGGCACGGGGCGCGUUCCUGCCAAAGAUACGGUUCGAUGAGAUUCUCGGCAGGUAUAGUGCGUACAAGACAUCAGGCGAUGCGCACCACGACGCGCUCUUGCCGGCGAUCUUGUUCCCCGUCGAUGCCGACACGAAGGAAGGGCAGGAGAAGUCGGAUGCAAUGAUGUCGGCCAUGAUAGAUCGCGUGUCCUUGUGCGCUGCGUAUGGGAAAGUCGCUGCUGCCGCGGCGAGGAAGGAGGGCGCCACGGAUGAGACGACGGCGAUGGUGGCACAGGCGCUAUCGGCCUCCGCUUGCGCCCUGUGGUGCUUAGUCGAGGGCGACGCCGCCCAGGUAGCCGAUGCUGUGCGCGAAGGGACGGCGGCGGCGAUGGUGGUCGGUGCGAGCGAGAAGACCGCCGAUGAGUUCAAGAAGGUCAUGAAGGCGGUGCUGGAGGUUGCGAUCGGCAGGCAGCAACCCCUCGGGGAGGUUGCGUACAACGUCGCACCCGCUGUGCAGUCUAUCGCUCUGGAGAGGGCCUAUCCGGGGAUGGAUGUUGAAGUCGAAGCCGAAGUGAUCGCACGAGCGACGGUGGAGACCAUGGCGUUCUGGGGAAUGUGCCCCGUGGAUGGGCCGAAACUCAAAAAGAUCGGCAUCGCGGUGCCGCUUGACGCGCAGAUGGCCUACGAUAUCGAACACAGGGGGAGGAAGGGGCAGAGGGGCAAGCAGGGCAAGGACAGCUCGGGGAAGAAGGGGAGGAAGGGCAGAGCGGGCAAGGACAGCACGGCGGCGUAG